CACAAUGAGGCUCGCUCCACUCUCCUGCGCACCAUCAAAAGCGUCCUGAUGAGGAGUCUGGCGUCUCUGAUCCAGGAAAUAAUCCUGAUCGACGACUUCAGCUCUGACCCUGAGGACUGCCAGCUGCUCGCUCAGAUCCCCAAAGUGCACUGCCUGAGGAACGGCAGGAGAGAGGGUCUGAUCCGAUCACGUGUGCGAGGAGCCAACACGGCCUCGGCCUCCAUCUUGACCUUCCUGGACAGCCACUGCGAGGUCAACGCCGACUGGCUGCAGCCCAUGAUCCAGCGAGUCAAGGAGGACCACACUCGAGUGGUCAGCCCGAUCAUCGACGUCAUCAGCCUGGACAACUUCGCCUACUUGGCGGCCUCAGCGGAUCUGAGAGGAGGCUUCGACUGGAGUCUCCAUUUCAAGUGGGAGCAGAUUCCCAUCGAGCAGAAGAUGGCCAGAAGUGACCCGACACAGGCAAUCAGGACGCCCGUCAUCGCCGGGGGGAUCUUCGUCAUGGACAGGAGCUGGUUCAACCACCUGGGCCAGUACGACACCCACAUGGACAUCUGGGGGGGGGAGAACUUUGAACUUUCCUUCCGGGUGUGGAUGUGCGGAGGAAGUCUGGAGAUCCUUCCCUGCAGCCGCGUGGGUCACGUGUUCAGGAAGCGCCACCCGUACGACUUCCCCGACGGAAACGCUCUCACCUACAUCAAGAACACCCGGCGGGCUGCGGAGGUGUGGAUGGACGAGUAUAAACAGUACUACUACUCUGCCAGGCCGUCGGCACAGGGCAAGGCCUUUGGGAGCAUUGCCGACCGCUUGACGCUGCGGCGGAAGCUGAACUGCAAACCUUUCCGCUGGUACAUGGAGAACGUCUACCCCGAGCUGAGGGUCCCUGAGCAGGAGGCGGUGUCCAGUUUGAUGAAACAAGGCGGUUUGUGUCUGGAGACCCGUGGGAGCGACGUCCUGGGCCUGGCAGAGUGCAGGGGCCUCGGAGGCAGCCGGCCACAGUCACAGAGAUGGGAGCUGAUUGAGCCGCUGAUCCGACAGCAGGACCUCUGCUUGGCCAUUUCAGCCUUCCCCGCAGGGUCAAAGGUCAAGAUGGAGCCCUGCAAUGCAAAAGAGCCCAGACAGAAGUGGAAGCCAAAGGGCACGGCCCUGCAGCACACGGUGAGCGGCCUCUGCCUGGACAGCCAGACCCCAGCAGGUCCUCUGGUCGUGGCCCAGUGUCUCCCCCAGGUGGCCAGCCAGUCCUGGGAGCCGCAGAUCAUCUCCUGAGCCACUGGGACGAAGAGGAGGGAGAGGGGCAGACUGUGGACCCAACCUUUAGAGGGACUCAGAGGGGGGGGGGGGGAUCUGCUCCGGCUGUCUCUCUGCUGAGGGACGAGAGGACUGAGAACUGUAUUUUUGUGACGUCAACUUCAAGCUCCCCCCUCGCUGUGACGAGAGCGUUUUUCUAAAGGCCUCGUCAAACGAAUCAUUCAGAGGUCUAUGGUGUGCAGGGCUUCAUCCUACGUGGAUGCUGCAGCUCUUCUAUGUAUUCUGAGCUUUUCACUGAAAACUGUUGCACAUCUCACUUUUUAAUUUCUGUGUCUAACCUGGUCGACAAUCUGCUAUAGAUUCCAGUAGUGUGGGUUGUCUCAGAAUGAAUGAGUGCAAACUGUUCGGGAGCAGAUGAGUCCGAGGUGUUGGGUUGAGGCGCGUC